ACUACUUACUAUCUCUUUCGCCGUUCGCCAAUAUUCUGAUCGCAAUUUCGGCGAUUUGCUAACAGGUUCGGGCAAAUUAAGUUAGUCUCUUUGUUCAUUCCACCGGAUCAGCAAGUCGGCUCUCGAUCAGAAAUAAGCGCGUCCUUUUCCCCAUCCCAACGAUGGCGUCGGCCAAAGUGCUCAUCAAGAACACCAAGGGAAAGCAGCCGUUGGAUGUCGUCGACGAUUUCCAGAGGCGCAAGAUGACCCUCUACAAGCAUUGGGUUCGCCCGCGGUUCCUGCAGUACAGCUACAUGUACGACUACCGCCAGAACUACUACGAUGAUGUCAUCGAUUAUCUGGACAGCCGAUCCCGCGGAAUCCAGCGUGAGAUCCCUCGCCCACAGUACUGGGCCGAGCGUGUCCUGCGCACUGAGAAAAAACAACCCAAGAGCAUCGAAGAAAUGUACAAUUACACCAACAUUGGGCUCAAACGGGACGAGAAGAGGCUUAUGUACACUCUAAGUAAUCAGAUCACGUCCUACAACUUCCACUCUAAGCGCUACCUUAACAGCAAAUAUUCUAAGAUUUUGUAAAUUUGAUGCUUUGCCGUUUUCGACUAAAUAACUACUUCUGCAAUCAUCCCUUCAAACAGUUGAGCAAAACAGCUUUGAAAUUAGAUGAUCCUAAUUUGGUACAACAACCAGCUCCUUGGAACUGCCUUCCUACAAAACAAAAAAAAAUUGUAAAAAUCUGGAGAACCUUCGCGUCUUCAAAGAAUAUUUUCCCAUGACCCCCUCAAAGUACAAACUCCUGUACCUCCUGCUAAGCUUUAAGAAGAAACUGCAUACGAACUUAAACAAGCAAACUCUAACGGAGAGACUCUAACGCUAAACGAAAACUUGCAAACGACAAUUGGAAACAUUAGUCUUACUAACAAAAAUUAGGCAUCCUAACUAAAACUAAAAACAAAACUCGAACAAUGGGGCAAAACGACCUCUUUGUUUAAGUAGACCUAUUUUGUCCUGAUUUUAACUUCCCAGUGAGUGAACAUCAAACCAUUUUUAUUUGUAAUCGAGAUAUAUCGAAAGGUUUUUUGUUUAAAUACCAAUUGAUAGCUUGUGUUCUUUAGAUUUGAAGCUUAUUAAGCAAAAACACACUUUAACUCUUUUUUAUAUUACUCUUUCAACUGCUAUCUAUCUUUUCAAACUAAACUAGAAAAAUUAAUUUUCUUUUCUCUACGCUAUUACUUUUUUUACUAUCACAAUAAUAUGCGUGUGCAAGCCAACGUUUAAUAAAACGUAACUAUACAUUUAGCUCUUAGCUCUAUAGUAGUAUCUUAGAAGUGUAACUGCAAAGUAAAUAUGAACCAUAAACAUCUUAUAGGAAGAAGUCUACCGUUAAAAUCGUAUUCAAUCUUCCGGGUUUGGUAAACGGAGUCAUUAAACGGAAGAAGAAAGGAAGAAGAAGACACACAUCGAGCUCCUCUCCCCCUCCCUCCCCCGAUCAAUCAAGAGAGAGAGACAAUCGGGAGCCAUCGGCUGAGGAUCGUUUCAAAUGAAAGGAAAAAACACGAACCCAAUCACGAAUACAACCGAACUUCACCGAACACUUUUCCGAGAUCCCGAUGUCAAACAACAAACGCCAUCAUGUCAACACCAGAGUCAUCACCAUAUUCGUGGGUGUGUGGCAAGGGGGAUGUGUGCGUACGUGUGACUACUUGAUUGUGUGUGUUCAAGACAUCCCCGAAUCUUUGCCCGUAGAUUUUCCUUUUUAGAAACUUACAAUUCAACGAAGCAACCAAAUAAGGUUAUUAAAUAUAUUCUAACUUUUUUUUACUUAUAUACAUACGUAUCUAUUAAUCUACUAUAUCUAUUUAACACCGUAUCCAACGUUUAGUUAUUAUUUAUGAAUGAUCGGACCACACGAGAAGACUAGUACAACCUAUUAUUUUGAUUUUUGAUUAUGGCUGAAGACAAACCAGAUCCUCUGAUCAAACGCAAACCGGCAAACGAGUAUGGUUAGUUUAUAUUAUUAGUUUUGUUGAUUUUUCUAAUGAUUAUUAUAUAUCUACCUAUUCAUAUUCUAUCGAAGUUUUUUUUUCUAAAAAAACGAACGUUUUUGUAUAAAAGAAUACCAAUGUUUAUUUUCACAUUUAGGUCCCUCAAUCAGGACGGGGGCUCGAAUUUGUAUUUUUAAUUUGUUUCAACAUGAAAGCAGUGUUGAUGAUGAGAAAAAAUAAUACCUACCUUAUAUAGAAUGAACAAA